ACAUAUAUGGUUGGGGAAUUGGGAUUGUCUAAAUUCUCAUUUUCUGUCUUUAACAAGCGACAGGAGAAAGAAGCUCUCCAUGGUUUCUCAAGGUAGAAGUUCUGCUCCAAUGGAGGUCGAUCCUUCCGCCCAAUUAGAGGAAGAUGCAUCAGCAGGACCUUUGGUUUCAUUCCGGGUCAAGCUCUCCAAACUUGGUACCAUGGCUUGGGAAACAUAUAGAAGGAAGCCAAUCUCACAUUGGAUUCUGCUAUUUAUAAGCAGCGGAGCAAUGCUUGUGGCUUUUCCUGUUUCCAGCCUCUUAUCCCGUCUCUAUUAUGCUGAUGGGGGAAAGAGCAAGUGGAUCAUCUCAUGGGUGGCAGUUGCAGGUUGGCCUCUAACUGCUCUGUUCUUAGCUCCCAUGUACUUUUUGGGUAAAUACAAGCCUACUGCUCUCACCUACAAACUCACUCUCUCUUACAUUGUGCUGGGUUUCUUAAGCGCUGCUGACAACCUUAUGUAUGCAUGGGCCUAUGCCUACCUCCCGGCGUCCACUGCUUCUCUUCUAGCCGCAUCCUCCCUUGUGUUCUCAGCUUUGUUUGGAUAUUUUCUAGUGGGAAACAAAUUAAACAGUGACACAGUAAAUGCAAUAGUUAUCAUAACUGCUGCCAUGGUUAUCAUUGGCUUGGAUUCAGGAUCAGAUCGAUAUAGCAAUGUCAGCAACAGACAAUAUAUCAUGGGAUUCAUUUGGGACAUCUUGGGAUCUGCCCUCCAUGGACUCAUCUUUGCUCUUUCAGAGCUAGUUUUUAUAAAGUUACUUGGAAGAAGAUCCUUCCAUGUUGUGUUGGAGCAACAGGUCAUGGUUUCUCUGAUUGGUUUUGUGUUUACCACGAUUGGAGUCAUUGCCAAUAGAGAUUUCCAGGAGAUGAAAAUGGAAGCUGGAAGUUUCAAGCAUGGAGAAGCCGCUUACAAUAUGGUUCUCAUCUGGGCUGCUAUUGCUUUCCAACUGGGUGUUUUGGGUGGCACUGCUGUACUCUAUUUGGCUUCCACUGUGCUGGCUGGUGUUCUAAAUGCAGUAAGGGUUCCUCUAACAAGCAUUGCAGCAGUUAUCCUGUUUAAUGACCCUAUGAGUGGUUUCAAGAUCCUCUCAUUGAUCAUUACAUUUUGGGGAUUUGGAUCAUAUAUGUAUGGUGAAUCCACCUUAAGUAAAGGGUCCACAUCAUAAUUGGUUGCCUAAAUGGAAAGAUGUAUCAUUGUUAACACUUCUGUAUUAUUCAGUAGGGGCUAAGGCUCCCUUUGUUAUAAUUUCUAUUUGCAU